AUGGCGGGCAGCGACGUGGACAGCGAGGGGUUAGCACGGAGCGGCGGCGCGGCGCGGCGUCCGGGGGCUCCCAGCGGGCCGGGAGGCGAGGCGGCCGCGGGCUGUCCCGAGCCGCUGUCCACUGCUGAAGCGCCGGCCGUGGGCACCGCGCUGCCCGCCUGGAUGCGCCUCUACUUCUACGGGAUGCACGGGAUCACCCUGGACGUGCUCGUGUCCUCGGCGCGGCGGUUCGCUCGCAGCCCGGACCUGCGGAUGCUAGGCUUCUCCUCGCCCUACCGCUGCCUCCUGCACUCGCUCACCCACUUCGCCUUGGAGAAGGUCUACCUGCAGCAGCGCCGCUGCCACAGCGCCUUCGUCUUCAAUUUCCUCCUCUACCCCUCGGCCCACGUGGGGCUGCAGACGCUGGCGGGCCAGGCGCUGCUGCUCAGCCUGGGCAGCGGGCCGGGGGCCGCGGCGGCGCCGGGGGCGCUGGACCUGGCGCUGCAGUACGUGCUGGCGCUCUACCACUGCCAAGUGUUCCUGAAGCGCUUCCUGCGCCUGCGGUACCGGCGGCAGCGGCGGCAGCAGCAGCUGAGGGGCGCGCUACCUACCCCUCCGGGCGCCCGGGCCCCUGUGGCGGCCGGUGCCAGGCGACGACGACUCCGUGGCCCCAGAGGCACCGGGGGAGUCCCCAGCCAGGGGCUGCCGGACCCGCUCCGCUUUCUUUUCUUCGGAAUGCACGGCUUCCUGGAUGAGAUCUUCUUCACCUUCUUCUUUAACGUGCUCGGGCAGGGGCACGGGGCCACCACUGGCCACACGUCGCUCUGGUCCUUCUUUAUGUACGGCAGCUGCAGUUUCGUGGUUGAAAAGCUCUACUUCCACCUCCACUACAGCCGCGGUUGGGGCACCUGGAAGCGGGUGCCCGUCUACGUGAUCUUCAUCUACGCCUGGGAGCUGUCCUGGGGUCUGGGACUCCGCCUGUGCGGGGCUUGUUCUUGGGACUAUUCCCACUACCCGCUCAAUUUCAUGGGCCUCAUCACCCUGAUGUAUUUACCUGGUUGGAUAUUCCUUAGUGUGUACCAGGACCUACUUUCCAACGUGUUGUGGCGAGUGCAGUACGUGCCGACUAACUAA